GCGGAAAUCAACUGUCAUGCCACCUCGGGCGCAUAUCGAAGCGACGCCCCGCCGCACGUGGUGCGGGGCAUAAAAACGCGGAUCCCGAAGUAUUUGUACGGCCUUGCCUUGAGCUUUAGGUGCCUGAAUUCAAAACCAACACUUUCACAACAAUUCCACCAAUCUUUUCUCAUAUCCUCAAACCAGUGACUCCCGCACUCCUCACCCAACUCGAAACCACCAUGGGCAGUUCACUCCCCCCAAAGCCUUUUAACAUCGCCAUCAUUGGAGGCGGCAUCGCAGGACUUACCCUCACCAUCAGUCUCCUGAAACACAAUAUCCCACUCACGCUUUAUGAAGCAGCCUCGCAAUUCGAAGAAAUUGGUGCUGGUGUUGGUUUUGAACCAUGUAUGGUCAGGAUCAUGGAUCUUAUCUCGCCAGGCAUUAAGGAAGGAUUCUUACGUUGCGCGAACAACGUCGAACUUGACCCACCACUGUGGUUCACAGUUCGAGUUGGGGAUCGCAGGAAAGAAGACGAAGAAGGGGUUGUGUUGCAGAAAGACGGCAGGAAGAUAAGACUAGGGGAGCCCAUCUUUGAGAUGCCUGCGAGAAGAGGUCCAAGGGGUGGAGUGCAUCGAGCACAAUUCCUCGACGAGCUGGUCAAGUUGGUUCCCGCUGAUGUCGCCAAAUUCCGCAAGAAACUGGUCAACAUCACCAGAGCAGACGACGGAUCAGACGAUGCAGUUCUCCACUUCGCGGACGGAACUACUGCCCAGCAUUCUGCAGUGAUUGGUUGUGAUGGCAUCAAGUCACGAACGCGGGAAGUGGUCCUUGGCAAAGACGAGGCUCAACCCGUGUUCUCGGGAAAAUAUGUAUAUCGGGGCCUCAUCCCGAUGCAGAAAGCGAAAGAGAUCAUGGGCGAGCAGGAACCGACAACGCCACAGAUGUAUGUGGGUUAUUCAGGCCACGUCCUCACCUUCCCGAUCGCGAAUGGGACGAUUAUGAACGUUGUGGCGUUCAGCUCAAAAGCCGAAUGGAACGAUCCCGAGUGGGUCGUGGAAACGUCAAGGGAGCAAAUGUGCUCCGAUUACACCCGCUGGAGCCCAACGGUUCAAGCAAUCAUGGCCAACAUGAAGAACCCAGACAUCUGGGCCUUGUUCAAUCAUGGUACCCCGGCUCGCACUUAUUUCCGAACUCAACCACGAAUAUGCCUGGUCGGCGACGCCGCCCACGCUACGACACCGCACCAAGGGUCUGGGGCUGGAAUGUGCAUCGAAGACUGUUACAUUCUUGGAGAACUUCUUGGUGAGGCGAACAGCACCCAUGACCUUGAAGCAGUGUUUCGGGCCUACGACGAAGUGAGACGCCCAAGAUCUCUGAAGCUUGUCCAAACCAGCAGGGAGGCUGGUAUGCUCUGGGAGCUCCAAGGCCCGAAGGGUGAUGAUCUGGAGGCACUGGAGCGCGAUGCGCUGGAAAGGAUGAACUGGAUUUGGGAUCACGAUUUGACGAAGGACCUUGACCAGGCCAAAAUGCUCCUAAAGCAGCAGUAAAGUUUGUUGUCAUUCAUCUCUAUGUAUUAUAUACAACGUCCCCACUCAUACUGAUACCACCAUUUUAUUGUCGCGAAAUCUGGAAAUCCUUCGUCACAGU